GAGAGAGAGAGAGAGAGAGAGAGAGAGAGAGAGGAAGAAGAAGUCUAACGUUAGCCGCCCACGAUUCGACCCAAAGUGGUGAAAUUCUUACUUUUACGCGUCUCCGCGUUGGAUCACUUCCGGCUUCAUGACGCUCACUUGACUCCACGCUGAAUGGCGGGCUGCGAUCUCGUUCGGCGUCUCCUCCGUGUCCUCCGUGGAAGUUCGGGGCUUUGAGCUAAGCGUGGUGUCCAGGAGCUAACGGUGUGUUUGUCUGCUGUUUUACUGCCGGAUCCUGUUCAUCAUGACGCCCGACCUCCUGAACUUCAAGAAGGGAUGGAUGUCCAAACUGGACGAGAGCGGCGAGUGGAAGAAGCAUUGGUUUGUUCUGACUGAUGCUGGACUGAAGUACUACAGAGACUCGAGUGCUGAGGAGAAAGACGACUUGGAUGGAGAGAUCGACCUUAAAUCCUGUGUGAAGGUGUGUGAGUUCGACGUGGAGAAGAACUAUGGGUUUCAGGUACAGACACGGGACGGCGCCCACACGCUGUCCGCCAUGACCGCCGGGAUCAGGCGCAACUGGAUUGAGGUUUUGAAGAAGUGCAUCCGGCCCGGCAGCUCUCCAGACCUCACACAAUUCCCCGACGGCAGCAGCGACAAGGAGAACUCCCGCUUCCCGCUGUCCUCCCGCCGCCCGCCCUCUCGCCACGCCGACGCCGUCCAGCCGGACCCCCCGGCCCCCGCGCCCCCUGCUCACCGCAGGUUGGACUGCGUGGAGCUGUCCCCCGUCGCCGCGCCGGCCGGCCAGAGGGAGGCGGCGGAGGGCGAGGGGCGGGAGCACGUCCAGUGGCAGGAGGAGAGGAACACCAGCAGCCAAUGGGAGGCCGUGCUGACCAGGAAGGGCGCCGGCGUGGGGGCCAACCACAGGGCGCGCUCGGAGGACGACAUUGAGAGCAAGUGGGCCGAGUUUGAGCGCAUGCCGCUGAAGGAGAUGAGCGCCCUGCCGCCGCCGCCGGGCUCGCGCUCCUCCAGCCAGUCGGCCAACGAGGCGCUGCAGAGGGAGGUGGCGUCACUGAGGCAGCAGCUGGAGCAGCUGCAGGGAGGAGGAGGAGGAGGAGGAGGAGGAGGGCGGUGUGGAGGAGGAGGAGGAGGAGGAGGAGGAGUUGGUGGCGUGAGGGGGGGCUGUGGCCCCGAGGCCCCCUGCGGCCGCAGCCUGGUGGCCAUGGAGCGGGCCCACCGACAGGCGAUGGAGGAGCUGCAGAAGCAGCACGAGCGCCAGCUGAAGGAGCUGGAGGCGCAGCAGCAGAGGCUCCUGCUGGAGGAGACCCGGGACACGGCAAGAGUAAUGGAGGCUUUGAAGAAGAAGCUGAAAGACGAGCUGCAGAGAGAGGUGGAGAGGGUCAGAAGGCUGAGCAGCAGGGGGCUGGACUCACGGACCAUCCGGGGCCAGCAGCAGGAGGAAACCCAGGGCCUGCAGAGAGAGCUGGCCGGACUGUCCGAGCGCUACUCUCAGAAGUGUCUGGAGCUGAACCGGGCCGAGCAGAACAGCGCCGAGAGGGAGCGGGAGAUCAGCCGCAAGGAGCGGGACAUGGAUCAGCUGAGGAAAGAGAACCAGGACUUGAAGGCCCGUCUGGCGGCGGAGAUCAGUCGCUCGCGGUCCUCCGUCUCGCAUCACGGCCCCGAGAACAGCAGAGCUGGGACGCCCUGCGAGCUCCAGGUUCUUCUCAGGGUGAAAGAAAACGAGAUUGAGUACCUACACAAGGAGAUCAGCUGUCUGAGGAACGAGCUGCAGUUCCUCAACACGGAGAAGCGUCUGGCCGGCGAGCGCCACGCGGAGGCGAUGGAGCAGCUGAGCGGGAUGAAGGGCCGGAGCGAGCGAGAGAUCCAGAGUCUGAAGGAGCACCUGAGGCUGGCCAUGGCCGCUCUGCAGGAGGGACAGAAGCUGGGCAACAGCCUGGACCACUGAGAGGCUGCUGCUGCUGGACCAGGAGGCCGGUGACUGAAUCCAUGAGGCUGUGGGGACCCUGACGGUGCCUUAGUGUUCAAUCCCGCUGCCCAUGAGCAGCACAGAGUAGCUAUUAGCUGGUUUUAUUACACUGGGCCACACACACGUUAUAUAAAACUGCACUUUUUAUGUUUUAGUUUAGCUUUUGCUUGCUUCGAGUGCAAGAAUGAAUGAGUGCUCAUUUGGUCUGAAAACUGGAAUAUUUGUUGAGCGACAUUUCUUUUUUUUUUUGUAAUAUUAUUAACAUCAGGUAUUGUAGAUAAGAGUUCAUACUGUAUCAGCCUUUUCUGUUCAUACAUCAGAUCUACUGUCAUCUACGUUUUGUAUUUUGUACAGUUUUUGGGUCAUUUUUAAUUCUGUGAAAAUCUGUGUUUCUUUAGAAAUGGGAGUUUAUAAUUUGCUGUAAUGACUCUUUUUUGUUACCUGGAGAGAAGUGUGUAGUCUCAUGUCUAGGAGCAUGAAGUUCUAAAUAUUACAUUGGGUUUACUGCAGGACCAAACGGCAAACGUUUUUAUUUCCUGGCAGGCUGAAUUGAUCUCUGAUUGUAAAGCUGUCAAAUGAAUGUUGUCCCACAUCACCGAUGUCUAUUUUUUAAACAGUGGCUGAGAAGCAGGAACUCUGCAGCUUCCAGUCCGUCCUGUUCAUUGUUGGCAUCGAUGUGCCACCACUUAACAAAUGACAGGCGUUGAAUCAAUGAGCCAAAUUUUUUUAUUGACAGAAUGAAUUGUGAUAAAAUAAAGGUAAAUCUACCUGCCUUUUGGAAAUAUCUUUCAUAUUUAAUGUACCGUAGAGCCCGUAUCAACUUUAUAAAUUAUACAGUUUUUGCAAUCAAUAAAAUAAGUUCAACA